CCCAGUGACGCGGUGUGACUUCACACGGAGGCUGGAGGAGGACGCCGCCGCUCCGCGCAGCUCUCCGACCGUCUCCUCUCGUUCUCUCAGCGGGCGUCGGGCAGCAGAAAGCCGGAGGGAUGGAGCCAGCGGGCGCGUACGGCGCCGGGAAGGCCGGGAGCGUCGCCUUCGACCCGGUCGCCUUCUUCACGCAUCCCCGGACCAUCCUCAGACUGAUGUCGUGGGUUUUCUCCAUGGUGGUGUUCAGCUGCAUCGUGAACGAGGGCUACAUCAACAUCGGCAGCGAGCGUUUGCUCUGUGUCUUCAACAACAACGCAGACGCCUGUAACUACGGUGUUACUGUGGGAGUGGCCUGUUUCCUUGGCAGCAUCUUUUUCCUCAUCCUGGAUGUUUAUUUUCCCUCCAUCAGCAGCGUCAAGGACAGAAGACGCGCUGUCCUGCUGGACCUUGUCUUCUCUGGCCUUGCCAGCUUCCUGUGGUUCGUUGGCUUCUGUUUUCUGGCCAAUCAGUGGCAGGCUACCUCUCCAGACGAGCUGCCGUUGGCCCAGGGCUCAGACGCUGCCCGGGCCACCAUCGCUUUCUGCUUCUUCUCCAUCCUUACCUGGGGUUAUCAGUGUCUCCUGGCAUUGAACAGAUUUAAGAGCAUUUCCUUCAUGGAGGACAAGCAGAGGCUCCUACCUAGAAGCCCUCCCACCCUCUCUCUAGUCUAACACACACACACACACACACACACACACACACACACACACACACACACACACACACACACACAUUCACACACUCUCAUCUAUACAUUAUUGGUUUAUUUAGGGCAUGUCUGAGAGUUUUUUCAUGUAGCGUCGAGUUGAGUUCAGUGAUAGUAGUUAAAGAAGUUAAGAAUAACUAUAUACAAACAGCCAAUCUUCUCGCUGAUGGUCUUGUUUUCUUAUAUAGGUGAUACAGAGGCAUCAGUAUUAUAUUAAGACGGUUUUAUAAGCAGUUAAAAACUUGUAGUAGGUUUAAGCUGUAGAAUAUCAGAUUCAGAGUAGGGCUGGGUGAUAUGGUUGAAGGUACUGGAAUUUUACCCAAUAUUGAUAUAUAUCAAUAUCAUGGCCAAUGUAUUCACCGUGUCACAUGUAAGAUAAUCAAAUUGAUGCAGAAUGCAAUGAGCUGUGAUCAACUGCUUUGUUAUCAGACAAAAUCUUUCAUACGCGUACAACAAAAACUCAUUAUGUUUGUUUUUAAUUACAGUUUGCUUAGAAUAAUUAAAUUGAACAGUUUUUUUUUAAAGGCUCAAACUAAUUUUACACUUCCAAGGGAUUUGUUUGUGGUCUGUCUUUACUAUAAUCAAAACUAUAAUGAAUUUGUGGGGCGGUGGUGGCCUAAAGGGUUAGAUUUUGAUCCACUGACCAGCAGGAUAAAUCUUGGUGGGGAAAGUGAAAUAUCAGUGCUUGCACAUCCUUCCAUUACAACCACUAAUUUGCCCUUGAGGAAGGCCCUUAACCCCAAACUGCUCCAGCUGAGCUGCUUAGCUGCCAACAGGUCAGACUUUGGCUCUACUGGACAGUUUCCAGGUGUGAAUGUGUGGAAAACGAUGUUCCAGAAAAAGAGCUGCUCUCAGCAAUAUUCCCGUUGAAAUAAAAGUUAAACAAAAAAAGAAUUGCAAUGCCAGAAAAGAUUCCCAGUCAGACAGAGACUGACUGACUGAUUUAUUAUCCACUGAUAACUCAGUGGACCCUUUAAACCCAUCUAUAACCACCAAACCUAUUUCAGCCAUUCAUCUCACUGUCCGAGGAUGUGGGGGAGGUUAAGCUGUAAUUGUGUCAAGGGUGUAAGGUACGUUACAAAAGAUCUCUUUUAGUCUGUGAAGUGAUUUUUCUACAAUAGUCCAGUGACAAAUUAAUCCAAUAUUCUUCUGUGGAGGAUUUAUGGUAUGUGACAGAGAACGAAAUCAAUGAUCUUUUGACUUUGACUACUCUUUACGGAACUGAUUUUACACUUUAAAGUCGGUUUAUAGGAGCCUGUGAAAACAGUUAUAUAACAGCUUGGAGACUUCUAACUUUUACUAAAGAAAAAUCUACCUUAGUAACUGGGGGCAUGAAGUUUGGAAGAUAAGGGAUUUACCAAGCAGAAAGGGUAUAAUGCUAUAUGAUGCUCUCCAGUUGCAUUUAACACAUACUAAGAACGAAAAGUCAGGAAGUCAGGCCUCUGCUGCAUUGAUUUGACUAUUCUUUUUUUUUAAUUUGUCUCUUGUGAGGCUCCUAACUUUAUGAAAGUACAAUACUGAAUUGAUGGAAUUUUAAUAGUUUUCCAAAGUCACCUUUUGUAUUCUGCUCCUCUAGUUUCUGAAUCAUCCUCCUGUUUUAACCAAACUGUGUCCAGGUUUCCACUGCCGGGAACUUGAUGAAAUGUAAUGUAAUAUGUAAAUCACAUCAUGAGUUCUGCUUUUGUUUCCACUGUUCUUUUCACUUUGGGGGAUUAGCUCCUGGAACUCAAUUUUCGGCACUGCUCAGGAUGUAAUAAUAAAUGCAUGUUCCUGGAACUUUCAGGAUUUGCCACCAGCAGAAAUUAAAGAUCACAAUGGGUCUGGUGGAUAAAAAUGCAAAACUUUGAAGUGAUUCGACACGCCAGGUUCCGUUUUGGGCCACAGACCAGAUUGUGUCCGACCCAGCUUUGAUGUAGACUCACACGUCGCUGUUUGUAACUGCUGUACACAGCAGACACUGAAGGAAGAGCCUAGACCCAAAGCCUCACACACUUCUUAAAAGUUUAGGUUUUGGGAGUUGUCGAUACCACGCUUGAGGAGGCGAUAUUUUUUCACCUCCUUCUGCCUCUGAUUAGCUUACUCUGACAUUGUUACCCUAACCAACCUCACUCAUCAUGCCUAAACCAAACCAAUGGAGGCAACGAGUACUAGCCAAUCAGAGCCAGAGCAAGGCAGGUCAUGAUUUCGCCCUAUUUAUCAUAUCUCAACAACUACUGGAUGGACUGCCAUGAUAUUCUGUAGAGGCACUCGUGUUCUCCAGAGGAUGAAUCCUACAGACUUUGAUGAUCCCUUGACAUUUCAUGUAGCUCCAUCUUCAGGUCAACAUUUCCAUUUGUCCAAUAUACCUACAAAACGAAUGACAUUCCCAACAGCACCAGUUGUUCUUUGGGUUUAGUGCAAAUGUUAACAUGUUAUCAAGCCAAACUAUGACGGUGAAGCUGGUAAACAUUAUACAUACUAAACAUCAGCAUGUUAGCAUUCUGAUGUUAGCAUUUUGUUCAAAGCUCAAAGUACAGCCUCACAGAGCAGCUAGCAUGGUUGUAGACUCUUAAGGCCUUUGAACACCAAGUCCGUAUUUUUAGUCUGAAAUUGUCACACGUUUAUAAAUAAAUACGACCUCACGUUGCACUCAAUCAUAUUUACACAGUCUCUGAAACUUUCGUCCAUCAUUUCAGUUGUCGGAACAUGUUUUCAUCUGCGGUUUUUUUACCCCAGUCAGAAAAUUGAGGAUGAGGACAGCACACAGACAGAGGAGGAGGACAGCUCUGCCUCUUGUAGCCACAGGGCCAAAUUCAAGAUAUGGGAAGAGAGUGGCAAUAGACCACAAAAUCAUCCUCAUUGCUUGUUUUGUUAAUUUCACAAAAAAAUGGAAUAGUAAAACGCAUGGAUUAAAAACCACAUAGAAAAAUACAGACAUGGUGUGCAAAGGCCUUUAGCCUGUAACAGUAGUCAUGUGAUUCUAACUAACUAACUGUUUGUGUGUGUGUUAC